CAUUUUCUGUGCACUGCGAUAAACCCUUCAAGAUUCCGCCAUUAACACUGUAACACUUGAAACGGGAGUGCACUGGUGGCGUCUCCUUCCGCCGAGAGCAGAAGAUACGGCCCGCACAAGACUCCGCCAAGUUUCCUCCCAGUGAUCCAGGAGACUCGAGUGUGUUGGAGAGAGAGAACUAGCGACGGCGAACGGCGGAGAGGAAUGGCGGCCACCGGGACGAACGCGAGCUCGUGUCCUGCAGCGAUGAACGCGACCUCGAACGGGGUGUUCCAAGGCGACAACCCCCUGGACUUCGCGCUCCCGCUCGCGAUACUGCAGAUAUGCCUCGUCGUUCUGGUCACUCGGCUCCUCGCUUUCCUCCUCAGGCCGCUGAGGCAACCUCGCGUCAUUGCUGAGAUCGUGGGAGGGAUACUGCUUGGUCCAUCGGCGCUGGGUCGAAAUCACCACUAUCUCCAGAGGAUUUUCCCGUCGAGAAGUCUCACGGUGUUGGACACUCUGGCCAACCUGGGCCUCCUCUUCUUCCUCUUCCUUGUUGGCCUCGAGCUUGACCCGAAGUCACUCCGCCGGACGGGCAAGAAAGCCCUGAGCAUUGCAGCGGCCGGGAUUAGCCUCCCGUUCGCAUUGGGAAUUGGCACAUCUUUGGCCCUCAAAGAGACGAUUUCCAAAGGGGUUGAUGGACCGCCAUUCCUUGUGUUCAUGGGGGUCGCACUUUCCAUCACAGCAUUCCCAGUUCUGGCGCGUAUCCUGGCCGAGCUCAAGCUUCUGACAACUGACGUCGGCCAGAUGGCCAUGUCAGCCGCAGCCGUCAACGAUAUAGCUGCGUGGGUUCUGCUUGCCCUGGCGAUUGCCCUUUCGGGAACCGGCCGUUCUCCUCUUGUUUCUCUAUGGGUCUUCUUGUGCGGCAUCGCUUUUGUCGUCGCCUGCAUAUUAUGCGUCCCACCUAUUUUCAGGUGGAUGGCGAAGCAAUGCCCCGAGGGUGAGCCAGUCGAUGAGAUGUACGUAUGCGCUACCUUGGCUGGCGUUUUAGCCGCAGGUUUCGUGACUGAUACCAUUGGGAUUCACGCCCUUUUUGGCGCUUUCGUGAUCGGGGUUCUUGUCCCGAAAGAUGGGCCAUUUGCUGGGGCACUCGUUGAGAAAGUUGAGGAUCUCAUUUCGGGUUUGUUCCUUCCGCUCUACUUUGUAUCGAGUGGUCUGAAGACGAACGUAGCAACAAUCCAGGGCGCUCAGUCCUGGGGCCUCCUUGUUUUGGUUAUAUGCACGGCCUGUUUCGGGAAGAUUUUCGGCACAUUGGUCGCGACCCUUUCGUUCAAAGUCCCCUUUAAGGAGGCUCUCGCUUUGGGGUUCUUGAUGAACACUAAAGGAUUAGUGGAGCUCAUCGUCCUCAAUAUUGGGAAAGACAGGAAGGUAUUGAAUGAUCAAACAUUUGCCAUUAUGGUCCUGAUGGCCGUGUUCACGACCUUCAUCACGACCCCCCUAGUAGUGGCAGUAUACAAGCCUGCUCAGAUGAGAAGCAAAGGCACUUACAAGCACAAAACGAUCGAGAGGAAAAAUCCCGAGACGCAGCUCCGUAUCUUCGCCUGCUUCCACAGCAUCAGGAAUAUCCCUACAUUCAUCAACCUCAUCGAGGCCUCACGGGGCACGGAGAAGAGGGAAGGGCUCUGCGUCUACGCCAUGCACCUCAUGGAGCUCUCCGAGAGGUCGUCUGCGAUUCUCAUGGUCCACAAGGCGCGGAAGAACGGGCUUCCAUUCUGGAACAAGGGGCAAGACCCUGAUAACCAGAUUGUCGUGGCUUUCGAGGCUUUCCGGCAGCUCAGCCACGUGUUGAUCCGCCCAAUGACGGCGAUUUCCGCAAUGGCCACCAUACACGAGGAUAUCUGUGCCAGUGCUGAGAGGAAGAGGGCUGCCAUUAUAAUUAUGCCGUUCCACAAGCACCAGAGGCUUGACGGGGUGAUGGAGACGACUCGGAACGACUUUCGGUGCAUCAACAGGAGGGUUCUCGAGCACGCUCCAUGCUCAGUCGGGAUCUUGGUGGACCGUGGGCUCGGAGGAGGCUCCCAUGUGCCAGCAAGCAACGUUUCCUCAACCAUAACUGUCCUGUUCUUCGGGGGUCGAGAUGAUCGUGAAGCUCUGGCUUAUGGCAGACGCAUGGUGGAGCAUCCUGGGAUUAGUCUAUCGGUGGUCCGAUUCGUAGUGAGCCCCGAGAUUGCCGGGGAAAUUGUUGGAGUUGACAUCAAAGACGAUGCUUCUUCCCACACCAUGUCAAUGCCAGGUGACGAGAUGUUCCUCUCUGAAUUUAAGAAUACGGUUGCGGAUUCUAUCAAAUAUGAAGAGAGACAAGUAGAAACUCCUGGAGAAGUUAUCGAUGCAAUCAAGGAAUUUAGCCGCUGCAAUCUGUUUUUGGUCGGCCGGAGGCCGGAGGGCCAGAUAGCUGCGGCGAUGAACACAAAGAGCGACACCCCGGAGCUGGGGCCAGUUGGUAGCUUACUGUCUUCAUCGGAGUUCUCUACUUUGGCUUCGGUCUUGGUGGUUCAGCAAUAUGCGGGCCGAAUUUCUCUCGACUCGGAGUCGUUGGGAAAGGUCGAAUCAGCAGCGGACGAUGAAUUGGAGGCCAAUUGAUUUGGUUAAGCUGUCCAGAAACUGGGUUUGAAACGCAAUGUAAAGGUGUAAUAAGAGAUCGUAAUGUAAAGAUUGGUAAGAAAAUUCAAACUGAUGGGUUUCAUUCUAUACGUCUUCUGGUGAUCAAUUACCUUUGUGGUCGCUGAGCUAUGCUGGAGGAUCGAAAUUCUUGCACUCUGUGAACUAUGAUUGCCAAACUCGUGAAGUUUUCGAGUAAAGCUUAUGGCUUUUCU